UGCUUUCUACGGGGACUUUUGCUUCUGAUGCCAGGAUUCUGAAGAUUUACUUUUUUACUUGGCUUACUGGAAGAUGACCAAAUGAUAUCAUUAAUGAAUCCUUCAGGACGUUGGUGAUCGUUGUAUCAUGGGUGAAUGCUGCCAUGGACAACUGCAGAUGCUCUUUUGUGAAACACCACAAACAGUUAAUGCACCUUAUAAAGGACUCCUGACCUUUUGCAGCUUCAUAACUCAUAUCUAGAUGUCACCAGUGUUUCCCAUGUUAACAGUUCUGAGCAUGUUUUACUAUAUGUGCCUUCGGCGUCGAGCUAGGACAGCUACAAGAGGAGAAAUGAACAGCCGGAGAGCUAUUGAAUCAAAUACCCGAGCCUUACCUAUCAAUGUUGAAAUCGUUCAGUAUGCCAAAGAAGUGCUGGAUUUCAGCUCUCAUUAUGGUAGUGAAAACAGCAUGUCGUAUACCAUGUGGAACUUAGCAGGUAUUCCAAAUGUGUAUCCUAGUUCUGGUGACUUUACUCAGACUGCUGUGUUUCGAACUUACGGGACCUGGUGGGAUCAUUGCCCUAGCGCUCGGUUGCCGUUCAAGAGGAUCCCACCUACCUUUUGUAGCCAGGACUAUGUAGAACUCGCUUUUGAGGAACCGGUUUAUCCCACAGCAGUGCAUAUUCUGGAAACGUAUCAUCCUGGAGCUGUAGUUAGGAUUUUGGCAUGCUCUGCAAAUCCUUAUUCACAAAAUCCACCAGCUGAAGUAAGAUGGGAAAUUCUUUGGUCUGAGGCACCUACAAAGGUGAAUGGUCCCCAGGCUCGGCAGUUUACACCUUGUAUCAAACAGAUAAACUUUCCCACAAACUUAAUUCGCCUGGAAGUCAACAGUUCUCUUCUGGACUAUUACACUGAAUUAGAUGCAGUAGUACUACAUGGUGUGAAAGAGAGACCUAUGCUUUCACUUAAGACUUCAAUGAUUGAUAUGAAUGAUAUUGAUGAGGAUGAAGAUGAAGAGAAGUAUGGCUGUGGAAUGGACACUCUUAAUAAACAGUUCAGCGUUGUUACCCUCAGGGAGUGGCCGACUAAUGGAUAUUUUGAUAAACUGCCUUAUGAGCUCAUCCAGUUGAUUUUGAGUCACCUCACAGUACCAGACCUGUGUAGACUAGCACAAACUUGUAAGCUACUAUAUCAACAUUGCUGUGAUCCUCUACAGUACAUUCAUCUCAGUUUACAACCUUACUGGGCAAGAAUUAAUGACACAUCUCUGGAAUACCUACAGUCUCGCUGCACUCUCAUCCAGUGGCUGAAUUUAUCUUGGACUGGAAACAGGGGAGCCAUCUCUGUUUCUGGAUUUAGCAGGUUCUUGAAAGUUUGUGGCUCUGAGCUAGUGCGCCUUGAAUUGUCUUGUGGUCAUUUCCUCAAUGAAACAUGUUUGGAGGUCAUUACUGAACUGUGUCCAAAUCUUCAGGAACUAAAUCUUUCAUCAUGUGAUAAGAUACCACCUCAAGCUUUCAACCACAUAGCCAAAGUGGGCAGCCUUAAGCGUCUCAUUCUUUACCGAACGAAAGUGGAGCAAACAGCCCUGCUCAGCAUCCUGAAUUUCUGUUCAGAGCUUCAGCACCUCAGUCUGGGUAGCUGUGUCAUGAUUGAAGACUAUGAUCUUAUAGCAAGUAUGAUGGGAGCAAAAUGCAAAAAACUUCGCAGUCUGGAUUUGUGGAGAUGUAAAAACAUAACUGAAAGCGGAAUAGCAGAAUUGGCUUCAGGCUGCCAGCUUUUGGAAGAACUUGAUCUUGGCUGGUGCCCUACAUUACAGAGCAGUACAGGUUGUUUCACAAACCUUGCACGUAAACUUCCAAACUUGCAAAAGCUCUUUCUUACAGCCAACAGAUCUGUGUGUGACACAGACAUUGAAGAGCUUGCUGCUAACUGUACUCGUUUACGGCAGCUGGAUAUAUUGGGAACAAGGAUGAUGUAGUGAUGUUUUACAGUCCAGCCUAAACGACAACAGAUAAAUGCAAGAACCUUCCACCUGAACUUAUAGCAGAAACGAAAGAGAAAAUUACCAGCUGCUUAUUGGUAUUGGAUAUAAAGUUUGAGCCAGGUACUUAGUGUCAUAACUGAUAACUUGUAGAAAAGUCCAAAGCAAUUUUCUUUUCAAAUUUCUCUCAUGGUCAGGAUUGUGUUGGUUUGUGAUACAUCUGCUUAUCAUGAGAAGUACCAUAAAAAUCAGUAUUUAAGAUAAUGCAUUGGCAACUGCAAAUCUGCUAUCAAGUGUAAAAGCAAACAUUUUUGUUCAGUAAAAUAGCAAUGAACAUAGAGUGUUUGUGAAACAAGGGCAAUAUGAUUUGGUGACUUACUAGUUUAAGGUAUUUGUUUCGUUUCCUGUUCUUUCCGAGAGAGAUGAUAGCUCCAAGUACUAUUGCAAUAUCUCUCUCUCUCCUUAACACUGUUUAGCCUUUGGAGAAGGAAGGCUGUGUUUAUGGACAAAUUCCAGAGCUUUCUUUGUCUUCCUCUUGCACUUCCUUUGAUGAAGUUUUCCUCUCUCUUUUUUUUUUUUUUGUUCUCCUCCAAAACCAUGCUGAAAGUAUGUUGCUAUUUACAACUUAAGUUUAUAACUGUACAUUGUUGGUGAAUGUGGACCAUGAAGCAUGGCCUGUCAUUUGAGAUUGCCAUCAAGGUAGUAAUACUGGAGAGACAUAUUUGUGAUUAUCUACUGGGAGAACAGGCAGAACGUUUUAUCUGGCAAAAGAACCUUGCUACACUGAAGAUCACUGGCAAAGAAUACUUCAGUUUAUGCAGUAAAUAACUGUCCACUCAUAGAGGAGUGCUACGAAUCAUUGAGGAUUUGGCAAAAUAUGUGACUCUUGAAUGAAUGCUUUGAACUCUUUUGUGCUGGUGCCAAUACUUUAUAAACCACAUCAUGAGACAGCUACAGAACACUUAUCUGAUUUUUAUAAAAAGACCUUUUUUUCCGAUUUUAGAAUUUACAGAAACUUUUGAGAAUUCCAGAUCCAAAGAAGGGCAUGCACAGAUGUCUUCCCUCCCCCCCACCUCCCCACCCUCUUCUUCCUUCUCUCCACACAGAUGGCACUGGGAUUUCCAGCUAGGUUAUGCCAUUCCAUUUUUUUCCCCCAGAAACCUGGAGAUUCUUAGAAAUCUUUAAAUUUGGUUUUUGGUUUUUUUUUUUUUCUUCCCCACUGACAUAUGUCUGCUUUGGAGUGAUUCUGUGCGAGACCUCAUUUCUUUCUGUCAGGUUUGGGUUGAUUUAUGUUUCUGGGAAACUUUUAGUAUUAUUUUUUUAUCUACAGGUAAUAUUAUCCAUAGUAACUGAGGAUUCAACGUUAUUAUCCUAGUUAUAGGAGAAUGCAGGUUGAGACAAUGGGAGUUUACAAAUACCAAUAUUUUAAAAUAAAUGUUUUUUUGUUGUGAAAUUUCACUUCUCAGGGUGCAUCUGUAUUUUUAUCUCCUUUUUUCUUAAAGAUGCUUCUUGUUUGUUUUUCACUGUAAGUGGUGUGGGAUGUGGAUGAAGUGAUAUCCGUUGUGCCUUCAAACUGGUAAAGUAGGUGAAUAGCAUAGUUUUACUUCUGCAGCGUCAGUGAACUGUAUAAAAAAUAUUUUUGCAGUCAUGUCUGUAUAAAGGAUAUUAUUCUGCGUUGCUGUUUAGGAGGUAUAAAGGAGGUUUAAAUUGGCAUUUUGUUGUUCGUACUAAAGGAUUUGUUUCUUAUUUUGUGCCUUCUGUUUGAAAUUCUGUUUGUCAGGAUUUCUGUACUGUAACUCUAUUGUCAAGUGUGACAGUAUGUCAGUGUGACGAUUCUGUAUUGUCGCACUGUAGGAUUAAUUGAAAUCUGCUUUUUAUUUAGACUAUUUAAUACGUAGCUAUUGCUAAUGUGUAAUUAAUUCAAACGGCUGAAAAAUAUUUGGGGGAAGAGACAGCUUUGUCUGUAGUUCCAUACUUUAAUCUUCAAUCAGUGGGUAAAAAGCUCUUUUACCUGUGGCUUUAUACCUCCAAGAAGUCUUCCAGCAAAGAGAAUAGAGACCAGGUUUGACAUUCCUGAUGUUUUCAAGAUUAAAAAAAAAAAAAAGUUUUUAGACCUUCCUUGUACAUCGUAAAGAAGCAAGAAUAGGUCACUGCCUUUUAGUUCUGUUAUUUUGUACAUAUAUACAUGCUUGUGUGUAUACAUAUGUAUAAAUAUUUAUACAUAUAUAGAUAUGAAUUGCUUUA